AUGAGUAGUGGCUUUGAAUCUUCAAAAAUUAAGCUACCUAAUGAAAUAGCAAAUGUCAUGAAUAUUGAUAAGACAUUUAAAAAGAAGCGUUUUAAAAGGACAAAAAAACAAUUUAAUUAUAAAAAUUCUAAUGAAGUAAAUGACGAUCCAGGAAACAAUAUCCGAACAUUUUAUUUUAAUGUAAUUGCCGUUGGAGCUAUAUUGUCAUUUAGUGAACGAUUUAAUCAAUUUCAAAUUUAUAACAACAAUUCCAGUUUUUUAUACAUUAUUGGUGCACUCCUAAAAAUAACUAAUGACGACCUUAUGAAGAAUUGUUUAGAUUUGCAAAAUUUACUAGUGUAUCGUUGCAUACAACGAAAAAAGAUUCUACGCCUAUAG